AUGUCGCAACUUCGCUCUUUACAGUCAGAGUCACAGGUUGCGAUUCCUGCGGCUGGUGAGACGUUUGUUGGUGAUGAUGGUGUUGUCUCUGUUGUCUUGGAUGAUAAGAUGGACGAAAACUAUGAACCAACAGAUGAGGAAAUUGAGGAGUUCGCCACGUGGAUGGGAAUGCAACUUCCACAAGACAAGGAGUUUCUGUAUAUUGCAAGGGAAGGAUUAAAAGCACCACUACCUAAGGACUGGAAACCAUGCCGUACAAAUGAAGAUGAAAUCUAUUACUUUAACUUUAGAACAGGUGAAAGUACGUGGAAUCAUCCGAUGGAUGAAUUUUAUCGGGAAAAAUUUUUAAAGGAAAAAGAGCGUAAAAAAGAAAAUGAAGCGACACGUCAUAGUUUAAAAACUAGUUCUACUGCUGGUGUUACUGCUAGUAGUAGUAGUAACAAUAGUAGUGGUAUUAGUGGUCCUACCUCUACUGUGCGAAACCCAUCAUCUAGUGGUAUUGGUGACCUAUCGGGAAAUACACGCGUUACUAUUUCUUCUUCUCCUUCUCCUUCUAUAGUUACUUCAUCGCUGAGUAACACAAAAGGGACUGUAGGAACUGCUUCCGUUCUAUUUAAAACACCAACUGUUGGUGUGCCAUCGGUAGUAGGAAAUCCUACGAUUAUCAAUACUGCUACCCCACUCACCUCUCCGCGAAGUGGAAUAGGUGCUGAUGGGUCAAAGCAGACAACUCCGAUAUGUAGUAGCGAGAGGAGAAUUGUAUCAGAGGCGGAGAAGAAUCUUGAAGAGAAAAUUCGACAGGAACGUGAGAGAGAGUUUAAACUGGAGGAAAAAAAAGCUGAAGCCUUGCAGCAAGAGCGUCUAGAAGAAAUGCGCCGGACUCGGAUAACUGAACUUAGUAAUCUGCAGAAAGAAUAUGAGAAAAAAUUGCAAGAUAUACGUGAUAAAAUUGCAGCAAGCAAGGAGGCAUCCCUUAAUAAAAAACAACAGGAACUGGAAGAAAAGUGGUCUCCCAUCCUUGGCAAAGCGAGACAGGAGGAAAAAGAUUUACAAGAACAACUAAUGAAGUUAGAGGAGGAUUACAAGGGACGUAUUACAAGUGAAGUAGCAAAGGCAGAAAAUACUGAAAAAGAGAAAUUUGAGCAUCUACAAAAAGAAAUCGAGUUGGAAACAAAGGAAUCCAUAGAAAAAAUGAGGCGUGAGACACAUGCUGAAUUUGUGGCAAAUAAGAAUGAAAUACAAAAAAGACUAGAAGAAGAGAUAAAACAACUGAAGGAAGCGGCGGAGAAGCGUCAUGAAGCGGAAAUGGAAGCUCUUGAAAAGAAAUAUAGGGAUGAAAUGCAGCAAACUAGUGAGAGUACAGUAGAUCCAACAAAACAAGUAUCAAAAGAAACAGUUAUCGUUACUGAGAUACAAGAGAAGGAGAAGAAGGAGAUUGAUGAUAUUGUAAAAAAAUCAAAAGAGGAUCAAGCAGCGCUUCGAACAAGCAUGGAAGCAACACUUCGCCGUUUACGUAGGGAACUUUGUGAACUUGAGGGACCUGUUAGUAUUUCACUUAACGCAACUAGUGGUGACUCUUCCUCGCUUGAUAUAUUUAAGGAGGUACGUGACCGUGUACAGGCGGAGGAAACAAGGCGUAUGCGUGCAUUAGGGGAAGAUCGUCGAAAGCAACUUGCCGCCAUAAUUCGACCACGGGUGACGCCCACAACAUCUACACCUCCAACCCCAAUGGCCACAUCAUCCACUACUAUUACGACGGCUGUUACGACUGCCACUACGACGGCUGCUACUACACCAACCGCGGGGAUCGCUAAAGAGGGAAAAGAAGUGGUGGAUGGCCCAUCGGAGGCGGAACUCCGAGCGGCGAAUGAUGCCAUUCUCGCAGAAAAGGCGGCGGCCCUCCAAGAGCUGGAGACAUUUCUGCGCACGACGCUUGAGGAGGAGUUCGAGUUGGCGGCGGCGCCAAAGGCCGAGCGGGUUCGGGCAGCCGCGGCGGGGGCGGUGGCGGUCUUUGGGCGGGCGACGGAACUCCGCCGGCGGCUGAUGGGGAUGCGGGCGGCGGACGGGGCCGAAUUGAAACUCCGCCGCCGUUACGCCGACGAGCGCCAAACACGCACCGCAGAAGUGGAAACGGAGUUGCAGAAGUACACCGAACAGCAGCGAUCUGAAGUGGAGGGGCAAGAGAAGGAACGCGCCAUCGCCGCAGAGGCGCAGAUGCGUGAGGAAGCGGAGAAGCGAUCAUGUGCAGCGGCACAGGAAAGAUUGGCAGCUGCAGAAGCAGAAGUAGCAGCAGCUGCUGCUGCAAGGCAAUUAGAAGAGGAAGAGCAGAAAAGAAGAGAGUUAGAGAAAAAACAACGAGAAGAAGAGGAAGAAGAAGAGGAAGAAGAAGAGGCGCAGCGAAUGGCGCAAGAAGUUCCUGGAGUUCCGCUAGAGGAGCUACAGGGUCGUCUUAGUUCCAUAACAAGGAUGUAUGCAGAACAAGAACAAAAGUUGCAAGAAAAAUUGGAUUCUAUAAGAAUCGAAAUUGGAAAAAUAGGGGAAAUACCUGUGGUACCACCUGAACAAACACCAAUUUAUAAUUAUCAACAACAACAACAACAACAACAACAACAGCAGCAGCAGCCACAACAACAACAAGAACAAGAUCAUCUGCUUGGAGGUAGUUUAUUUCCCGAAACAUCUAACAUUCCUACAUUGCAACUUUCCAAUAAAAAUAAUAUGCAUUCUAGCCCAUUUUCUUCAGAAGCAUUGCGUUUCUUAAAUGAACAACAGCGAGAAUUAACCAUGCGUCGUGGGGCCCUUCGCGCCGCUCGUGAAGAGUGGCAUAAUGAUGUUCGUAACGCCAGUCGGGCUCCAUCCCCUGUCAAUCAUGGGGAUCAACAUGUAUCUGAGGCUGUGGAAGGGAGUACUGUAGAUGUACAACUCCUCACUCUUAUUGGAGUACUUGGCAACCGUCUUGAGCAUCUCACCGGGCAAUUAGCCAAAGGACAAACGACCACAGAUAAUCUCUCUCCACGCCAACAUCAUCAUAGUCGUCAUGAUAAUCAUCAUCGUGAUAGUCACCGACAUAGUCCGCCAAUUCAGAAGCAUCGUAAUAAUCAUAGACAAUCCCGCCUAAAUCAACUUGAAACUUAUAAGGAAAAGGAGGUAGAUGAAAAGAAAAGUAGGAGAAAAGUCUCACCACAAAAGAGAGAUUUGCAUGAAAAUCCUGAAAAUCAAAAAUUACCAGGAGAUAUUAUGCAAAAAUGGAGUCAAAUAUUAUUAGAUUUUGCCGCACCUCCACCAAAUCAUCGUGAACUUAGUGCUUCUAUUCAACGUUAUGUAUCAGACCAAUAA